AUGGAGCGCGUCUAUUAUACCAAGUACUACGAAACUAUCCUGCGCAUUCCCGCCGAGUGUAAGUUAACAGAGCUUGAAGUGCACUACGCAACGCAGCUGCAGAUGAUCACCGUCUCCGGCUCAAACCUUCACCUUAAGGUGCUGGUCAUUACGAAAGCGGCAAUGCGCCGAAUACCUCGCCCACUGGAAAAUUUGCAAGCCUUAACCCACUUCGUUGCUACCGACGGACAGUUGGAGGUGGUCAACCUGGAAGCUUUUCACAAUGUGAUGAAAUUGAAGUCGGUAACCCUGGCAGCUAACAAAGUACGUGUACUUGAGAUCAGCACAGAUGCAGAGCUGUACGUUGCGACCCAAGACUUGAUCCUAUCCGACAACGAGCUGGAGUACAUCGAUAUGGAAUUCUUUGUGCCGCUCAAGCGGCUUAUAUUCGUUGAUUUGCACAAUAAUCGUUUAAAGCAGAUUGUUGUUCGCGAAGGCAAACUCAUCACCCUGCCAACAAUCACUACUAUAACGCUCAGCGAAAAUCGCCUAAAAGAGCUUAACGUUACCGGCUGGGGCGCACCGAAGCUUUCGAGUAUAGAUCUGGAGUCAAACAACUUAACUCGUCUUCCGAUUGGGCUGGACCGGCUAGAUGGACUACAAAUACUCCAGAUGGGGAACAAUCAGCUCACAACAGUUGACUUGGGUCGUUUCGCGCGAUGCCGUGAGAUGGUGCGGAUUGAUCUGUCCAACAACAUGCUGCGCACCAUUCUACCAACACCACACAUACCCCAUACGACGCCGUCACGAGUCUCUCUACCGAAUUUGAGAAUUCUGGUGCUGUCUAACAACAAUCUGAACAACAUAAACUACGAACUAUGGAACUUUCCCAAGUUAGCAACCCUUCUGCUGUCCAUGAAUCGGAUACAACGAGUGCCUAGCUUGUCCAACCUGUUGCCGGGGCUGCAACGUGCGCUUCUCACCGAAAAUCCAAUUUUAUGCUCGAACUUACGGAGUCUGGAAGCGGAUAUUGCAUCGUUUAAGCUGAGAAAAGGAUCUAUUACGUACAUUUGA